GUGAAGAAGAUAUGAGAAAGUAUCUCCAUGAUUUUUGGUUUGGUUUGCAUGUAGAGACUAUUGGGACAACUUGUGCUCUACUGAUUACUCUGGUUGAAACGACGGUAUAUUUUCUUGCCACGGUUGCUCCAAUGCAAUUUUUUGCCAUCUAUUACAUUUUACUUUGUCACUUUAUGAGGAUACUGUUUCACAUGUUCAACGAAUGGGCUCAUCUUCAUGCUGCAAAAAUUGUUGAAACUGAACAGGAUGUUACUAUGCUAGGAAGCGGGGUUGCUGGCCAUCAUGGACGAUCGUCAAGUCAAGUUCGUCAAUUUCGCUUGAUCCACAAUCGAUUGACUAAAAUGGUUUAUCGGAUGGACCAUCAUUUAUCAUUAUUAACACUUCUUGUCUAUAUAAUCAUAAUGUCUGAUUUGUCCAAAUACGUUUACUAUUUGAUUGAAAGGUUAACCAAAAAAUGGGAAGACUUGUUCGAGGUAAUGUUUGUCGGUUUUCGUGUUUCUCACAUGUUGUGGCUAUUUUUCAACAUCUCUUUCUCGGCAGCUUUGAUGUCAGAAGAAUCACUGGCUUCUGCUUCUGAUUUCCAUGAUAUAUCCUCUUAUUCUCAUUUUACUUUCUCCAAGAUUGAUCAAUCACACCAAAUACUUGGCAUUUUAAUCAAAUUAUCUGGUCAACCUUCACAAUUAACUGGCUGGAAUUUAUUCAUCAUUGAUCGUGGCUUUGUUUUAACAGUUCUCGGUGUUGUCUUGACUUACAGUCUGGUUUUAUUUCAAAUGACUCCUUGGGCUCAGCAGCCAGGUGAAUAAAUAAAAACAAAAUCACAAUAAAUCAUAAAAACUAUAAAUCCUAAAUAAAAUUAAUGAAAACAAAUGUAAAUAAAAGGUUGAAUAAAAAAACUGCUUUUCGUUUCCCGGUUAAAUUGAGGAUAGUUUUCUUCGUUUAUAAAUGCUUUCAUUUGAUCGACCCGUUAGAUGGCAGCGUUGAAUGA